AAUAGGAAACCCAAAAAAAAAAAAAAAAAAAAAAAAGCAUCUUCUCUGCGCGGCGGUGCCUUAUCCCAUCUCUUUCUCUGCUUCUCUCUCAUUCUGUCUCUCCCCCUCAAAAUCCCACCCACAAAAGUCCUUUCAAAAAGAAAAAAAGAAAAAAAAAAAAAAAAUCUCAAAACCCCUCCUCCAUUGCCAUCUUCCACCCUCUUCUCUGAAUCAAAAAAUUCAAAAAACCCCCAAGACACAAACCUCCAUAACCCAUUUGUCCAUUUUUACAAACCCACAAAGAAAAAAGCAACCAACCCUCCAAUGGAAACCACCACCACCAACAACAACAGCAACAUCACCACCACCCAGCAAGCCCAAUCCGUUCCAUACCCACCACCACCACCACCAUCUCAGACCACCCCAGUUGCAGCUCCACAACCUCCAUUCCACCACCUCCUUCAGCAGCAGCAACAGCAGCUCCAGAUGUUCUGGUCCUACCAGCGCCACGAGAUCGAGCAGGUUAACGAUUUCAAGAAUCACCAGCUCCCUCUUGCCCGCAUCAAGAAGAUCAUGAAGGCCGAUGAGGACGUCCGCAUGAUAUCCGCUGAGGCACCCAUCUUGUUCGCCAAGGCUUGCGAGCUCUUCAUCCUCGAGCUCACCAUCCGUUCUUGGCUUCACGCCGAGGAGAACAAAAGGAGGACCUUGCAGAAGAACGACAUCGCCGCAGCGAUCACCAGGACCGAUAUAUUCGAUUUCUUGGUGGAUAUUGUGCCCAGGGAUGAGAUCAAGGAUGAGGCCGGUUUGGGAGGGAUAGUUGGGGCGACGGCUAGUGGGGUUCCAUUCUAUUAUCCUCCGAUGGGUCAGCCGGCAGGUGGGCCCGGUGGGAUGAUGAUUGGGCGGCCGGCGGUGGACCCGACUGGAGUUUAUGCUCAGCCACCUUCUCAGGCUUGGCAAUCGGUGUGGCAGUCUGUGACGGACGACGGGUCGUAUGGCAGUGGAGGUAGUAGUGGGCAAGGGAAUAUAGAUGGCUAAAAAAGUUGAGAGCAACCAAUUUGCCAAUGGUAUGCUAUUGUGGCUUGGAAGGAAAGCUGUUGAGCAAGGCAGAUGUUACUUGGGAAAUUUGAUUCCUUUGAAAUUGUAAUUGCCUAUUAAUUUUUUUAUGAGAUAACAACUUAGAUUGGGGUUUUAAACAUUUCCAGAGCAGUUGAACAUUUACUGCUAUGUUUAAUAUCCAUUCCAAUGUGCAGUCCUUGAAAAGAAUUAGGUUCCUUA